AUGCUUUUUAUCAGCUCUGACGAUGAGGCAACUCAAUCCAAACUGAUGUUUGCGCUAUUUGGGUGGAUGAUAUUCGUCGGUCUGAUGGGUGGAGCAUCAUAUGUUAAUGUGUUCCAUAAUGUGUUGGACAAAAUAAAAUCAGACGAGAUUGCCGCUUUGAAUAACUUGGUGAACCCAGAUGAAGAAGAAAGAUACCGGAUCAAACAAAUAUAUAAAGAAAAGGCGGAACUUUCAAUGAACCUUGGGGCUCUUUACCAGUGUGUGGGGAUUACACUUGGCUCCGUACUUGAUGUUUUUUAUGCCGUGUUUGUUUUAAGGGACAAAAUUCGUAAUAGAUAG